CAGGGGGCUCCGGAGACUGCCUCACAGGGGUGUCCAGAGCCCAGCUGUGAGGGCCAGAGGGCAGAGACGGAGAGACACAGCAAAGGAACGACACAGGGAGAAAAUAAGAGAAGGAGCCCAAAAGGGACAAGGACCCCAACAUUCAUCCACAUAGCCACAACUGCAGUGGGAGCCAGCCCUGGGAGAAGCUCUGCUGCCUGUCUGUCCCCAUGGGCCACUGUGGGCCAUGGCUGCACGCUUCCGUCCUCUGGGCUGCAGUGGCCAGCCUGCUCCUCCCCCCUGCCAUGACCCAGCAGCUGAGAGGGGCUGGGCCAGGCCCCAGCAACUGGAAUAACAAUGCAGGAGCUUCGGGGCCUUCAGAGGAUGGGUCGGGCAAAUUUGGCCACCCCACGCAUAGCCAUAGAGGCCAUGGAGAUGAGAACAAGGAUGUCUCUACGGAGAAUGGGCAUCAUUUCUGGGGCCACGGAGAAGAGGACAAAGAUGUCUCCAGAGAAUCCCAAGGCCAUAGGUACCAAGGCCACGAGGCAGGAGAUGAGAACAUCUCUGAUGAGGAGGAAUACACAGAGCAUGCCCAGCAGGCCCGUGGGCACAGAAGCCGUGGGAAUGAAGACGCGGAGGAUCCAGCUGCGCACGGGCACCACUUCCCCAGCCACAGGAGCCACAGCCACCAAGAUGAGGACGAAGACGAAGUUGUGUCCAGUGAGCAUCACCAUCAUAUCGUCAGGCAUGUACACCGAAGCCACGGAGAAGAGGAUGAUGAAGAAGGGGAAGAGGAGGAUGUCUCUACUGAGUAUGGACACCAGGUCCACAGGCACCGAGACCAUGAGAAGGAAGAGGAGGAAGAUGUCUCAGAUGAACACCACCAUCAUGGCCCCAGCCACAGAGAUAAGGAUGACGAGGAUGAGGAUGUGUCCACUGAACACUGGCACCAGGUUCCCAGGCACACCCACCAUGGCCUCGGAGAGGAGGAGGAGGAAGAGGAGGAGGAGGAGAUUACAGUCAAGUUCAGCCACCAUGUUGCCAGCCACCAACCCCAAGGCCAUAAGAGCGCUAAGGAGGAGGACUUCCCAGAGGAAUAUAAAAGAGCAAUCCCUGGCCAUCACCACCACGGAGUCCCCAAGGAGGAAGAUGAGGACAUCUCUGCGGAGCUUGGCCACCAGCCUCCCAGCCACAGGCAGCAAGGCCAUAGAGAUGAAGGGACUGGCCACAGAGGGUCCAUCAAGGAGGAGAUUAGUCACCACCAUCCAGAACACAUGGGGGUGAAGGAUAGAAGCCACUUAAGGGAGAGUGAUUCUGAGGAGGAAGAGGAAGAGAAGGAAGAGGAUCACAGCUCCCAUGAAGAAGAUGAUGAAGGUUCAGAGGAGGGAGGAGGAGGCACCUGCCAUGGCAGCCUGGGCCAAGAGGAUGAGGAAGACAAGGAGGAAGGUCAUGGCCUCGGGCUGAGCCAGGAGGAGGAGGAAGAAGAGGAGGAAGAGGAGGAGGAAGAAGAGAAGGAGGAGAGGGGGGAAGAGAGGGCUGAGGUCUGGGACCCACUGAGCCAAGACCACCAGGAGGAAGAAGACGAGGAGGAGGGGCUGGAGGAAGACAAGCUCCCCUUCACCAUCAUCCCCAACCCACUGGCCAGGAGGGAGGUGGCUGGAGGUGCCUCCAGUGAAGAGGAGAGUGGUGAGAACAUGGGUCAGCAGGAUGCCCAGGAGUACGGGAACUACCAGCCAGGGUCCCUGUGUGGCUACUGCUCCUUCUGCAAUAGAUGCACUGAAUGUGAGAACUGUCACUGUGACGAGGAGAACAUGGGAGAGCACUGCGACCAGUGCCAGGAAGCUACGUCGACUAUUUCUCCUCGUCCCUGUACCAAGCCCUGGCAGACAUGCUGGAAACUCCGGAACCCUAACCCAACCACACGGCUGCGGCGCAGACACAUCUCCCUGGCCCUCCAACCCCUUUCCACGAGCCAUAUUUAUUUCUCUGAAUAAACGUGCUCCCCGAAACCUCACUGUCAGGCCUGGGGUCUGGAUCCUCUGGGCACCGGAGAACAUGGGCGGGGACUGGGGACUUGGGCGAGUGGGU